AUGGCUAGCAGCGGCAGCCAGCAUUUCCUGGCAGACCCAUUCGUUACGCCAACAGGAAAUCCACACCCGAGCAUCCAACGAGAGGUUCCCACCCUGUUCGGUGCGGCCGAGAAGACUACUGAGGCACGCAUUCGAGUCCUCGAGGCGCAGGUGCUGACUCUCCAAGCAGAAAACGUGGCCCUGCAACGCCGCAUUCGUGUACAGGAGGAGAUAACGAAUGCUCAGAGCGCUUCCCCCGUUCAUCGUGACCCCAGUCAACCCCGAAGAGACGCUCAAGAGCGUGUCCAUGCGCGGAUGAACCGCAGAGACGCUCUCGUCGAUGCCCAGGUUGGGCAGUUGGCCUUUCAUGUCGCCCAUAUUGUUCAGGGCUUGAACAAUUUGGCGCACUUCGUCGCUAAUUUCGUCUGUGGGCUUCCAGGUCCUGCCGCCGACAGCGCAUGA